AUGUUCGCUCCCAGUAUGAUCCAGCGCCGGGCUUUUUCUGCCUCUGCCCGCCAGCUCUCUAAGGUCGCCGUGCUUGGUGCCGCUGGUGGCAUUGGCCAGCCCCUCUCUCUGCUGCUAAAGCUGAACCCCAGAGUCUCGGAGCUCGCCCUCUAUGAUAUCCGUGGCGCCCCUGGUGUUGCUGCUGAUGUCUCUCACGUCAACACCAAGUCGACUGUCAAGGGCUACGAACCCACUCCCACCGGCCUUGCCGAGGCCCUCAAGGGCGCCAAGGUCGUCCUCAUCCCUGCUGGUGUCCCCCGCAAGCCCGGCAUGACCCGUGAUGACCUCUUCAACACCAACGCCUCCAUCGUCCGCGACCUCGCUAAGGCCUGCGCUGAGUCGUGCCCUGAUGCCAACAUCCUCAUCAUCAGCAACCCUGUCAACUCGACCGUCCCCAUCUGCGCCGAGGUCUUCAAGAACAAGGGUGUCUACAACCCCCGCCGCCUUUUCGGUGUCACCACUCUCGAUGUUGUCCGCGCUUCCCGCUUCGUCAGCGAGAUCAAGGGCACUGACCCCGCCGAUGAGAAGAUCACGGUUGUCGGUGGUCACAGCGGUGUGACCAUCGUCCCUCUCUUUUCUCAGAGCCGCCACCCCGAGCUCUCCUCCAACGCUGAGCUCGUCAAGCGCGUCCAGUUCGGUGGUGAUGAGGUCGUAAAGGCCAAGGAUGGUGCUGGCUCUGCCACCCUCUCCAUGGCCAUGGCCGGUGCCCGCAUGGCUGACUCCAUCCUCCGUGCCGCCGAGGGCGAGAAAGGCGUCAUUGAGCCCACCUUCGUGGACAGCCCUCUCUAUAAGGACCAAGGCAUUGACUUCUUCAGCUCUAACGUCGAGCUCGGCCCCAACGGUGUCGAGAAGGUCCUCCCUGUCGGCCCUGUUGAUGCCAUCGAAGAGAAGCUCCUUGAGGCCUGCUUCGUCGACCUCAAGAAGAACAUUGAGAAGGGCAAAGCCUUCGUUGCCCAGAACCCCGGCAACUAA